AUCAGCUGCAGCAGUUCUGGGAAUUCACCUCAACCACCAACUCAAUCACAUCAUCAGCUGCAACCAAGUCCACCCAUUUGCCUGGCAACAACAACAACAACGGCAACAAAUGGUGGUGGUUCCACAGGCAAACAGAUCAACACAAGUUCUAGCUCUUGCAGUAGUCUUAAGGAAACCUCACAUCAGUCUACUUCCACGUCACAACAGGUUGUUACCGGCAGCAGCAGUUUAACAACGCGUGUUGAAAAGAAAUCGCAGCGUCUGCAUCAUCAUCAAAUCACAUCCUCGUCACAUUUGUCGAGCUCAUCAUCUCAGUCAACCACACAGUCCUCCACAUCAUCGUCCUCAUCGUCGUCGUCGUCGUCAUCGGAAAUGAAAGCAGCGGCCGUAAAGCGUGAUCUCACUAAUAUACAAAAGUCCAUGUCGGAGAUAAACGAUUUGGCCAUUGAACGUAUGCAAGGAGGAGUAACUGGAACAGGUACAACAACGUGUACAGGAGGAGUAGGAUUAAACAGCAGCAUCACAGCAUCCAACACACCAGUCAAUACCAAUAACAACAACAACAACACAAUGGCCACCACCAUUGUGACGCCAUCAACAAAAAUGACAUCGACCCAUCCAUCGAUCGAUGAUCUCAGGGGUCUGAGCAGUCAGGACAAGAUAACGCGGUUACAAAAUCAAUUGCGCACCUCAUUCGAGAAUCUAGUGGACGGCAAUGAUGACUGCAAUGUCAUAGUUACAAUGCCCGACGACGAUGACAAUCCCCAUCAUCAUCAUCCAUUUGGCAGCGGUUUGGAUUUAACUCAUCCCACUGCCGCCCAAUUGAGUGCCAGCAGUGGUUUGAGCGGCUCGAAUAAAACUAUCGAUACCAUUAAGUUUCAAGAGAAACGCACCAAAACCGAAUCGAAAACAAAAGUGGUCACCGAUGGUUACAGUUCAGAGCAGGCGACAAGCAAUUCGGCUGAAAUGAAACGUCUACAGGCGGGCGAUAUAGAUUACAAAGAGAAUAAGGCUGCUGCGGCGAUGAGAAAUCGUACGGAAAUGGAUGGCGUUAAAACCGAGGAGAAUGCUGCUGUGAUUCAGGAAGCGCUCUCACUACGCACCGGAGACAUCACACAACAGGCCAGCAAUAAUGUGGCCGCCGCCAGUAUUAAAGUCCAAAGCGAUACCUUUUCGGCUGACAAGAAGGCCAUUAGCCAAUCGCAGCAAUCACAAACAAUGACCACAAAUGGUGGCAUCAUUAGCCAGGAGAAGCACAUGUCAUCGGCCAGUCAAGCCAAUUAUUCGAUGACCCACAAGGGUGUCUCGAGUACGGGCAGCAGCAUGAUCACCUCCUCUUCUUCCGCACAAAUGUCCUCCGCUGCCAUGAACGGUCAUCAAAUGAUCAAGCUAAACGAUCUCAAAUUGGACGAUUUGAAAUCGCUAACAGCCGGCAGUGGCCAACAAGAGAUUGAGCAGACCAUCAACAAGUAUUCGAAUGUCCUAACCUCAUUUGUUAGUUCACUGCAAGAGGAUGAGGGUGGAUCAACGGCUGUUAGUCUUACUAAUAGUAAUGGUGGAUCAGCAGGAGGGGGAGGAGGAGGUGGCGGAGGAGGCACCAAUUCUGGGAUCAGCGGAAGCAAAGAGAAAUCCGAAUAUCUCGAAAAGAUCAAUGAGGUGAUACGUCGUGCCUGGGCAGUGCCCACACAUGGCCAUGAAUUGGGCUAUUCCCUGUGCAAUUCUCUGCGUCAAAACGGUGGUUUGGAUUUAUUAAUGAAGAAUUGUGUUAAACCCGAUCUCCGUCUGCAAUUCUCGUCGGCCCAACUGCUGGAACAGUGCCUGACCACAGAGAAUCGCAAGCAUGUUGUGGACAACGGCCUCGACAAGGUCGUCAAUGUCGCCUGUGUGUGUACGAAAAAAUCGAAUAUGGAGCAUUCCCGUGUGGGUACUGGCAUAUUGGAGCAUCUAUUUAAACAUUCAGAGGGCACAUGCUCGGAUGUGAUACGCUUAGGUGGCCUCGAUGCCGUACUUUUCGAGUGUCGUACCAGUGAUGUGGAGACAUUGCGUCAUUGUGCCAGCGCCUUGGCCAAUCUAUCUUUGUACGGUGGGGCUGAGAAUCAAGAGGAAAUGAUUCUACGCAAAGUCCCCAUGUGGCUAUUCCCAUUGGCCUUUCACAAUGAUGAUAAUAUCAAGUAUUAUGCCUGCCUAGCCAUUGCCGUUUUGGUGGCCAAUAAAGAGAUUGAGGCCGAAGUAUUGAAAUCGGGUUGCUUGGAUCUUGUAGAGCCCUUUGUCACCACCCACGAUCCAUCGGCAUUUGCCAAAUCCAAUUUGGCUCAUGCCCACGGACAAAGUAAACAUUGGCUCAAGCGAUUGGUUCCCGUCCUAAGCUCAAAUCGUGAAGAAGCCCGCAAUUUGGCUGCCUUUCAUUUCUGCAUGGAAGCUGGCAUUAAACGGGAACAAGGUAAUACCGAUAUUUUCCGUGAAAUCAAUGCCAUUGAGGCAUUAAAAACUGUGGCCAGUUGUCCCAAUGCCAUUGCCUCGAAAUUUGCCGCCCAAGCCCUGAGACUCAUCGGGGAGACUGUGCCGCAUAAAUUGUCGCAACAGGUGCCCUUGUGGUCGGUGGAGGAUGUCCAAGAGUGGGUUAAACAAAUCGGUUUCAAUUCAUUUAUCAAUCAAUUCGCCGAAUCCCAAGUCGAUGGUGAUCUUCUAUUGAAACUCAAUCAUGACAAUCUACGCAGUGAUAUUGGCAUCACGAAUGGCAUACUCCUCAAGCGUUUCGAACGUGAAUUGCAAAAUCUCAAACGUAUGGCCGACUACUCAUCAAAGGAUACGGCAAAAAUGCAUCAAUUUCUAUCCGAAAUUGGUUCUGAAUAUUGUACCUACACGUAUGCGAUGCUAAAUGCUGGCAUCGAUAAAUGUGCCUUGCCCCAUGUCAAUGAGGAUAUGCUAAUGACGGAGUGCAGCAUUAAGAAUUCAAUACAUCGCUUAAGGAUAUUGAAUGCCGUUAAGAAUUUAGAAAAUUCUCUGCCCAGUUCAUCGGAAGAGAAUAUGGCCAAAACAUUAGAUGUAUUUGUUAGCUACAGACGUUCCAAUGGCUCACAAUUGGCCAGUCUACUAAAGGUACAUCUACAAUUGCGUGGCUUCUCAGUCUUCAUCGAUGUGGAACGUUUGGAGGCUGGCAAAUUUGACAAUGGUCUAUUGAACAGUAUUCGUCAGGCAAAAAACUUUGUCCUAGUAUUAACACCAGAUGCCUUACACCGUUGUAUCAACGACGAGGAAUGCAAAGAUUGGGUGCAUCGUGAAAUUGUGGCUGCACUCAAUUCCAAUUGCAAUAUUAUACCGAUCAUCGAUCAGCAUUUCGAAUGGCCAGAGGGGGAGAAGCUGCCCGAGGAUAUGCGUAGUGUUACGCAUUUCAAUGGCGUCAGUUGGAUACAUGACUAUCAGGAUGCAUGCAUCGAUAAGCUCGAAAGAUUUUUGCGCGGCGAAAAGAAUAUCGAUCGCAUUGCGGCCAUGGUGCCCGGUACGCCCGGUACAUACCAAAGAAUGCACAGCAACGAUUCCGACUAUCAGCAAAACUCUGGCUCAGGCGGCGGAGGCUCAGGAGGUGGAGGCUCUGGCGGAGGAGGAGUGGGAGGAUCAGGUGGUGGCGGCGGCAGUGGCGGCAACGCAGGCAAUGUGGUGGAUGGCCUAAUGACGGCCAAUGGCAAUGGCAGCGGACAAGCUAAUCACCAGGCAAAUAGAUACCGGCAAUCCCCAGCACCCAGCGGCAAUCGUCAACGUGGCACCACCGGCAGCACCUCGCAAUUGGUCAGCUAUGGUCGUCGUCCUCAUAACAGCAGCCACCAUAACAUAUUGCCACCAUAUCGCACACAGCAAGCGGCCUUGCUGCAUAAAUCGAGCGCUGGUUCGGCCUCGAUGCAGAAUAUGAUGCCACUAUCAUAUCUGCCACCGCGCAGAAGUUCUGCUGCAGGUCUGGCGGGGCUCAAAAAUGGCAUGGAUACCUCAUAUCGUGCCCACAGUGUUGAUGGUCUGCUCGAUAGUCAUCAGCAACAACAAGAAAAUACACUGACAACGCCGGAUCAGCGUAUUGCGGCAGCAGCUGCCUUGGUCACUGCGGGUAGUGAAGCCCUCACAUUCGGCAGUAGUUCGAAAACUAGUACGGAUACUCUACAACCAGAGGAGGAAGAGGAGGAGCAGCAGCAGGAUCAGCAGGGCAGAGCAAAUAUUCAGGCAACCGUACAGAGGCGAGAGAAAUCAUCAUCGAAUGUGCAACAACAUCGCAAAUCGCGUAGUUUGGAUCACAUAUUGUCAAAACAAACACUGGCCGAGUUGAAUAUACGUGCCGAGCCAAACAUUAGCAUAAAUGAACCAGUCGAUGAGACGCAAAGUUUGCAAAAUUUGUCCAUGCCAAUGGCAGAUACUGCUACAUGGCGGGGCACUGCUGCAUCCUCGUCCACAUCAUCAUCGAAAUCGCCAACACCCGAGAGACCAGCAAGAGGCCCACCACCGGCAUUACCGACGCUAAAGCGACAAAGUCCUGAUGGUGUUAGCUCUACGGAAAGUGAGGAUCAACAGCAGCAACAGCGUGAGGAGGAGGAGGAUCAGCAGCAGCUGCAGCGAUCGUUGCAGCAUGGCAAUCAGCAGAGGGCCUCGGCACAUGUCCAUCGUGGCAAUAGUUUGAACAGCAAUAAGACUUCCAAUUCAUCCCUUGGCUCGAAUGCCAGUGCCAACAACAGCAACAACACCAAUAACAAGACGAUCUUUAAUCGUACGAUGAAAAAAGUACGCUCGCUGAUUAAAAAACCUUAAAAGCGAAAUUGGCUUCUACAAUUUGUUGUAACUGUUGUAUUGUUGUUGUGCCUGCACCUUCCCCUGCACCAUCACCCCUUUGAAAAGAACAAAAUAUAUACGAAAGAGAACAAAAAAAUUAGUUCCCCACAUCUUGCUCUCCACGCACUUCAUCAAAAUAUUCUACCCAUGAUGGGGGUGGUGAGAAGACGCUGCGCGCAAAUUCACCUCAACUCAACUCAACUUGAAGGAGCAAACACAACACAACACGCACACACACAAGAAAAUCAAACUAAACAUACAAUUGGAGAAGAAAAGAUACCAACAACAUUCAUUGUUAUUAUUUAUUAUACAACCGCAACAUCCAAUAAUAAAUAUAUAUAU